GAAGGAAAAAUUUGUCCGAACAAGAGUUAAAAAGCUCAGCAAUUGUAUAGCCUAAUUCAGUUGUAUGAAAUAUUAGAAAGCAAAAGCUGGAAAAAGAAAAAAUAAUAGGAAGGAGGCGAAGGGGGAAACGAGAAGAAGAGUCGAAGGAGUAUUAUUAUGCAGCCGCAGAAGAAGAAAGAGAGCAGUAGCAGCGAUCGAGAAGCAGAAGCAGAAGAAGCAGCUGACUGUUAUGGUGCCAUGUCGGGAAUCUCCAAGAAGUUCGGAGGAGCAACAUAAUUUCAGGUUUUGGCGGCACUAGAACAAAUUUCAGUACAAUUGAGUUGGGGUUGUAGUGGGCAGACCAAAUUGGGUGAUUUUCUCUUCAGAAAUAUUAUCUUCGGGGAGCUCAAAAGAGGUAUGAUUUUCACAUGUAUUUAUGUAUUUCGGGAGCUUCUUCAGUUUGAAUGAUUUGUGAGUGCGAGAGAAUUACUGCUGCAAAUGGGUUUUUUGUUGGUCUCCUCGGAUUGAAUUGGGUGUUUAUGUUUUUCCAAGUAGCAGAUCCAUAUUGACCUCAAUACAAUACAGUUCAAUACAAUACCCAAAAAAAAGAAGGAAAAAAACACCCAGUAGGAACAGCAGCAGCAAGGGAAAAUUUCAUAACAUCAAGACUGGGUUUUUUUUUCUUUUUUUUUUCGUCCAAGGGAGAGUGAGGUGUUGUGAAGUGUGGGAGUAUUUUGGGAUGCCGGUUGUAAUUUUGGGGUUUUUGGGCAAUUGCAGUAGCAACUAUAAUUAACCCUAAUUUCAGAAGAAACAGGGGUGGGUUAGCUGGUAGUUGUUGUCGUGGUACUUGAAAGUUAUAAUCUGUGAAACCCAGUUGCUUGUAUGGCAUAUUAAUAUUGAAAUGCCACUCCCCCAGCAACCACAACCUUCCCGGGUUAAUAUUUUGGAAGUGAAGCUUCAGAUUGAGAAGAGAAUAGGCCAUGAGAGGGCCGAGCGGUAUUUUGGGCUUUUCCAGAGGUAUCUCCACAGCACGAAGCUCAACAAGGUUGAGUUUGACAAGCUUUGCAAACCCAUCAUUGGCGCAGAGAACAUUCGCUUACAUAAUCAGUUUAUACUAGGCAUUUUUAAAAAUGCAUCUCAGAGUAAGGACCCUCCAUCUCCAGCUCUGCUGGGCACUUCUAAGCCCGUGAAAGGUGUUCGGAAAAAACCUAGUUCUAACUCUUCAUCCAUUGGGGGUGAAGAUGGUUCACUGCAAAAUACUUUGUCUCCAUCUGUAUCUCCAACUGCUAUUCUUCCAGCUCCAAAUUCUACAGCUUGGUCCAAUGGGGAUGCAUUUCCUCAGUCACCUCGGAGAGGCAGGUCGAGCACAAGGGAUCGCAAGGGCAGGGAUCGACCAAGUCCUCUUGGUCCUCAUGGGAAAACAGAUCUAAGUGCACCAUUGGGAGCUGUUAACAAUGAAGUGGCAGUCAAAGGUUCAGAAAAUGGGGGUCCCAAUUCGUGUGAUCUGUAUAGGCCAUUGCGCCUUCCUGGUGCAGCUGAGCAGCCUAAGGCUGAGAUUAAUAAUUUUAUUCUGCAUUCUCCAAAGCGUCAGCGCAUUAAGAGUCCAAUUCCCCAAGAGCAUGUUCCUGUUGAGGUUGUGACUGUGGAAGAUGGAGAAGAAGUUGAACAAGUGGAUGAUGAUGACAAGUCUACCAUCAGGGUUGAAAGUCCACUGCUUGCUCCUUUAGGACUUCCAUUCUGCUCGGUAAGUGUUGGUGCAGCUCGGAGAGCUCCCUAUAACAGCCCAAUAAGUUAUCUUACACCAUCAUCAAGUCAUCGACAUGAAGAUUUUGUUAGCAAUGAACAAUUGCCAGAUAGUGAGACUUUGCAAAAGAAGAUGGAGCAGAGAGGAUCGUCUGAGGGUAUCCAAAAUGUGUCCUUUAAUUCUGCUAACUUGCUGAAUCAUGCAGUGGAUACCCACUUGAUAAACUUGAUCAAGUCUGCCAUAGACUUGAGAAGAGCAAGGUCCUGCCACGAGCAAGACAAGCUAGUGCUUUCCAAGCAGAAUCCUUGUAAGGUAGCACAUGGUGUGAAUGGGGUCUGGCCUGGCCAUUCUAUGCCUGUGCAAAGCACAGGUGUUUCUAUGGAAGCUGCACAGAAAGCUAGGAGUCACCCUCCAAUUUCCCUGGAAGAGUUUAAGGUGGCAAUGGAGUUGAAUCCUCAGCAGCUUGGGGAAGAUUGGCCCUUGCAGCUGGAGAAAAUUUGUUUUCGUGUAGCUGAGGAGGAAUAAAGGUUCUGAAUCUUCUCUCUGUCAUACCUUUCUUUUCCUUGAAUCUUCCAUCUUCCCAAAGCAAUGCCAAGCUUACGUUGCAAAAAGAAAAAGAAAAAAAUACUGUCAACAAAGAGAGAAAUUGAUGUUUAGAAAAUAUUUCACUGCCCCUUCAGUUGGAUCAGGAAGGUUGGUUUUUCUUUCUAAAUAUGGGUUCGGUCUUCUGGUCAAGUUACAGGCAGAGGAUGGAAAUGCUGUGUUUCUGCUGGAGGCAUUUAAACUGUAAAUUACCUGGAAAAUGUCUCAUAUAUCUUUACAUAUGAAUGCAUUGACAGUUGAGCCAAUGGUGGGGAAUUUCGAAUACUUCCCACUCUUAGGGAAAGGAGGUUACUAUUUGUGAUCACUUUUGAACUGUCCGGUCAUUGCCUCAAUUCUGGCAAUUUUGCUUGCCCCCUUUUUUCAGGAGCAUUGCAGAGCAAAGAGCAAACUGACAUGGACAUUUUUGCAUUGAUGUUUUAGAUGUAAGAACUAAAUCACUGAUGGGAAUUAUGUGCCAUCCUUGGGAUUGAAGGUGGUGCAAUUAGACAUAUUGUCAAUGUUGAGGACUUGCUUGGGAAACAGGUUAAAAUGGAAAACAGGCCCUUUCUUAUUAUGGUUGAACAGCCACAUCUAGCAAAAUUGUAAUGUGAAGCCCCAAUCAGAUGAAAAUGGCGAAGAUUUGAGUUUGUGGAUUGUAGCAUGGUAUUCCUUUGCAAUCUCAGAUCGUUGGAUAUAUUCCAUUAUUUGAAUUAAAUUUACAUUGUUUGUACAAAACUGUAUCACAUCAAUGGUAAAAUUUCUGGGUUUUUUGGCAGACUGGACAACAUUUUGUCCUUUUGGUCUAUUUUCUCUGAUUUCGCAGACAUGUCCAAUUGUUAUCAAUGUGCAUUCAUGGAUCCAAGUCCAUUGACGUUGUGCAAAUACAAAUUACACUGUACUAUUUAUUUUAACUAGCAACAUGCUAUUGAUAA